UACAGAGAUCCUAGCAGAGCUAACCUCUCAAAGAGCUUCUGGGGCCUUUUCCAAUGGGUCACGCAUCCUCAAAGCAAGUGCGCAAUGAGCCCCAAACCACGAGGCGGCUGUCAAAACCACCGACAAAUAUAUCCACGUUCAAUAUAGUGCAACCAAAGACCGGAAAGUCAUCUAGAAUCCCUGGUCAAGACCAGAAUGAAUUGCUUGACGAGUCAAUGUUCUGGAAGAGUCCAUGGACGGGUGAUCUCUUACCUAAAGCCAAUCCUGAAACAAAUCUGUCGGAUCAUAAUAGAGUGCGGCCUUUCGCAUCGCUGCCUAACUCACAAGCUGAACUACGAGGAUCACUUCAAGGGAGCAAACGCUGGUCAAGCAUUGAUGACUUUGCUCUAAUGAAGCAUGACCACUCAUUGUCACGGUCAGGUUCUUUCAUCUCCAGAACACUUUCGCGACGAGCAUCAAUGGUCCAAAGGCCUACUUUUCAAUCACAACGCGAAGACAUGACUGUUGGAGAAACUCGCAGAGAGCCCGUCAUCCAUUUCGGUCCAUCAGAUAUAGGGAGUCAUGAUUUGCACUUAUCCGUGGAGAGCUUGACUUCGGAAGACCGAUCUCCAGUCGAGGAUUCACGCGCUCUUCUGGGUCGUCGGAAAUCCUUCCGUAGACCAGGUAUUGCAACGCGAAACCCGUCUUGGGGGCUGUAUCGCACUCCGCUGUCGUCAAUCCAACAGGAAGAGGAGAGACCUUUUCUGUCUGAAGUCCCUGCUUCACGGCCUCCGUGGGGGCAGGAAGAGGAAGACAACUAUAUGCCGCUAUAUCAUUAUGGUGGGCGCGCAACCUCUCCAGUCGCAUUGGACUACUCCCACCUAAGCGGGCUUAAGAAAGGCACUUUGAGGGUCGUCAAUGCGUCUGUAUCCCCAGCAAGCACUGAUCGCCUUCGUCUUCUUACGACAUCUUCUCUAAGCAAACUUCCCAAGCACACUAUGGCUCAAGCUGAUUCUGCUGUGUUCAUCUCAGACAGUGCAGAUGAAGAUGAGGCUGUUGUUAUUCGCGAUAAUACUUUCUAUUUUGAGGAUUCUGACGUCUCGGGAGAUGGCGAAUACAUGGAAACAUGUGAAACUCCGGGCUCAGAAGCAAUCGGAUACACAAGGGUGCAAAAACCACAAUCCAACACAAACGCUGAUAGCGGUUAUAGUUCAGUCAGCUCAAUUCGCUCCGGCGACUCUUCCGGACAGUCAGGAGCCUCACCUUCCAGCUCCCCAGUGCGUAGCCCUACACGGUACGAAGUGGCUAAGCAUGUGGACAAGAGAGGUUACUUUGUCAAUGGUAUAUCCAGACCUAAAGAGGUCACCCUUGAGAACCUCAUUCAGUCGGGGAGCACGAAGUCCUCAAACUCCGGAAAAGGCAAAAUCGCAGGACAUCAGGAAAUGCCAUUAUCUGAACACAGUCGCUUUUACGCUCAGCUCAGCCCCUUGAGUAUUCCGUCCGUUCCAGAAAGAACCGGCAUCUGUGAUAGGGAGAGCGAUCAUGAGAACUCUGAACGAGAGAUGGACAAUGACGAGCAGACACAAAUUACCAAGGACUACUCCGAAACAAAUGCAAACAAGCCGUCGGAGCCUCAUAUGGCAUUUGCUUCUAAGUCUCUUUCGAAGUCACAAUCUCGGAUCGAACGAAGCAGGGCCUCUUACGGGAGGCGACCAGCACUCCCAACCCGUAAUCUUCCUGUAGACAGAGCGCAGAACUACGAAGCUCCUCGAGGCCGAACCCGGUCAUGCAGUGUUGGCCGUCCCCGUACCAAAUUGGUCAAAAGUUGUAAAGUUGCUGUAUGA